UGAAAGAGACUAAAUGUUGUGACCUCUUAAACCAAGAUGGCUGCGCCCAUGAAACUUUCGUUUCAGAGAAUCCAUCAUCUUUCAGUUCAGUGUUUCACAUCGGGUGGGAUGUUUUCGCGUCAGAUUUAUUCAGUCAAUAAAUGGAAAAGUCAAUCGCCAACUUUGGUUCGAUUUUUUAGACAAUUAGGAAUCAGCAAGUGUGCAAACGCAACACAUUCCCGCGUGUUCAUGUUAUCAACACAUUAUCGCAUGCAACUGCAAGUGCAAGGUUUACAUGGUCAUGAUGGUGUGUCAUGCAGUAAUGCGCGAGCCCAUAGGCCUCUGCAUAUGCUACCAAAAAUGGCUCGCGCAGUGUUUUCGAAGAGAUGGAUGACUACUGGCCUUACGGAUGACAUGCUACGAAAAGAGAUGGACAAACUGACAGAUCGGUUUAUGGAAGCAAAAGAACUUCUUGACGAUGCGCGCGAGUCUAAGGGGUCGGUUUACUUCAAUGAAGAUCUCCAGGAUGCAGAUCAGGCCGUGGAGGAGACACUGGCUGACUUCAAACGCCUGCUGUCUCAACUGGACGAUGCACAGAGGCAGACUGUGACCAGAUCCAUCGGACUCAAGAUGGAAGAGCUCUCGGCCCAGCAGCAGAUGAUCCGAGAGUCACUCAAGGAUUGAUACAAACCGAUUUAAAGGGGUGUGGCCUGGUGGUUAGGGCUUAACCACAGCUUCUGCUCAUAUUUUGUGUCCUUGGGCAAGCCACUUUAUCCUUAGUGGCCGUGCUCCAUCGAAUAUUUUAAAUGAGAACCAGUAUUAACCUGUGAUGGACUUGCAACCCAUCAAGGGGAAUCAAAAUAGUCUGUUUGGCUCCGUGCUAAGGAACUGGAGAUAAACACUGGCCUCAUCAGCCACAUUGGAUUGAGACAAACAAUACCUACUCUGUGCAAAACCCAUUCAAUCUCCCCAAUGUUGUAAAGGAUUUUUUUUCUUCUUCACAUUUCAAACACGAUAAUUUGCAGUGGAAUGUCAACGACAUAAGAAGGUGGCCAGUGACACAAAAGUCACUAAGAAUUUCUGAUAUAAAUAUGAAGCUGUGUUAUUACCAAAACAGAUCUCAGUAGGCAGAGUUAACUAAGAUGUAAACAUUGAUCCAAGCUACGGUCAGAGAUUAACAUUACUCUUGGCUGUCAGCAGUCAGCACCAUUUAUUGAAAACAAAGGGCAUUUAAUACGUAAUUGCUGAAUCAUACGCACAAAGUUUGAAAAGUACAACAUGAGAUAAACAUGUCAUUUUUAUAUAUAUUGCUUAACAUGUAUAAAAGAUAUAAUGCCUCCUGAACUAGAAAUUCCUGAGCUGAAAAUUCUUGAUUUUAGACGACCUAAUUAUGAUUUAUAUUUUUGCAAGCAUGCCCACUCGAGGUAAAAAUACAGGAGCAAAACGAAUAUACAUAAAAGUGUAUAAAAUAGGUUAAAUGACGUUUUCUGCAAUUUGAAAACAUGUACAUGAUUUUUAAUCAAUGAAAUGCAGAAGUCGUCAACUACACAAAUGCAGAAUGUAUGUGGUUGUUUUUUUUCAGAGAAAAGAUGUACACAUUUUGUUUGGCUAAUACAGCUGAUUGCUGACCGAUUAUAUAUUAUUUUUUUCAGUGGAAAUGUCUUUUGUUAAAAGAAUAGCCCACAUAUGUUGCUUUUGAAUGGUCAAGCAUUUUUGUGGAUUGAACAAUCUGUCAAGUAUUCAAGGAAGCUCAAGGCUAUCUUUGUAAGCAAUCUAAGGAGAGAGUGUUUGAGUCAAAGUUGUAGUCAAGUCAACCACAAGUUUAUCAGAGGUCAAAUAAGAAGUUGAGAAUGUCAUUUCCGCAUUUCAUUGUACAGCUUCUCAUUUGACUAGAAACUGGGUGACUUGUCAGUAACUUGAGACGGCUUGACUGCAACCCUGAUUGGAACCUCCCCCAUGCCCACCCGUGUCAACCUUUAACCAAUCUUAUAUACAGUAUUUCUGAGGUAUCACAGCUGUGAACAGAAUAAAGUAUUUGUGUAACUAUUGCAAUAACACUUUUUUUGUGGUGUAAUAUAAA